UUUUAAUGUCAUUGUCAUCUCUUAUAAAAUUAUGCUAGGAUUAAGUGUUAAGUUCCGUAUACAUUAACUGCUUCAUAAAACUGUUUGUCACAUUUAUAUCUCCUGAGAUAUUCAGCCUCACAGCUCGCUGGCGAGUCAGCUAACACUUGUGUCGAUGGACUGCUAUUCGCUAACGUUAGAUGUGCUAAUUUGCUAGUGCUCGGUUAGCAACUAAAGCGUUGCGCAUUCAAAAUGACACUUCGCAUCCUUGAAUGGUCCACAAAACUGAAUGUUGUGUUUGGGCGGCAACGCAAUUAAUCAUUACCAGGCAUUAACAUCUCGAUUAUCUAAUUAUGCAAUAAAGCUGACAAGAUUCUUUGUCUUUCCUUCUUUGCCCUGCGUUUACAUGGAGGAGACCUCCGUUUAGUUUUUCAUGGCCCGCCUUUGUAGAGCAGUGAUUGGACGCUUGGCGUGUCCGUCAUUAACACUAGGCCGAUGAUUGGUGGCUAACCAGGAUGACAACGCCAGUUUUGUUGCUUUAUUCCCCUGCCUUCAACAUGGCCUUCCGUAGCUGCUGUUGUAACUUGGCUAAUAUUAGCUCAAAUGAAAACUACGUUGUUAUUAGCAUGUCUAUUGGCUAUUCCUUACAGUGAAUGAAUUGAGUCUUUAUCCACAUGUUAAAUUAGAUGAACAUACGGCGUUAGUCUUCGGGCUAAACGUUAGCAACGUUAGCAAGAUUACUGUAGCCUUACUCAGUGUCUUGCUGGUGGAGUCUUUCGAUAGAAAAUGGAUGGCGUUGUCUUAACUGUCGUCUAUGCCUAGAGAUUAGUCACUGUAAAGCUAAGCACUUUUUAUGGUGAUGGACCCUCCUGGUGGGGGAGACGAACGGCGGAGGCAGGCAGAGCGUCUUCGGCGGGAGGAGGCAUACUAUCACUUCAUUAAUGAAUUGAGUGAAGAGGAGUAUCGCCUAAUGAGAGACAGCAACCUGCUUGGCACCCCUGGAGAAGUGACUGCUGAGGAGCUCCGGCAGCGUCUUGAUGGUGCAAAAGAGCGCAUGUCAUCUCAGCCCCGUACUGAGCAGCGCUCACAGACUGCUGAUUCCGGAGAACAGCAGGGCAGCAGCGGUGAGGGAGAAGAGAGAGGGGCCGGAGGGAGACGAGGGGCAGGGGGCACAGAGCCCGGAGCAGAAACUUCUAAUGGUGACUCAUUACUGGAGUGGCUGAACACUUUCAGACGCACUGGUAAUGCUACUCGCAGUGGGCAGAGUGGCAACCAGACAUGGCGUGCUGUCAGCCGGACCAACCCUAACAGCGGAGAAUUCCGCUUCAGCCUGGAAAUCAACAUCAACCAUGAUCAGCCAGAGCCGGGGGAGCAUAAUGACACUGCGGACACUGCAGAGCUGCCAGUGACUGCCCCAAACACAACUUCACCCUCUAUACGCACCGCCUCCUCCUUCUCCAACCCCCGCCCUUCAGCCACGCCCAGGCCAACCCCAUACCCCACCCCCCGCCCAGCCCUCAGUAGGAGGAUGCAGACACGGCGUACACGCAGCAGCACUACCACUCUUUCUAUGAGCCCCCCUGCACUUCCUGCACCAGUGACCACCCCAGCUGCUGCUCAGAGGAGAGGUGCCACUUUGCACUCUUUAGCACCAGCUCCCACUUUUCCCAACCCUCCUCUUGAUCAAACUACAACUUCGCAACAUCAAGCCCUGAAUGCUGAAGUAGAGCAGGGCAGUGAUGAUAUGUCUGCUUCUAUAGACUGUCCCCGUGUGUCACCCCAAUCUGGGUCUCAGGCCCCAGCAGUGGGACAUGAAUCACGUGGCAGUAGGACUCGAUCACGUGGCCGUGCACGCAGGGCUGCAGCGGGGGGUGGGGUUUCAUCCCGCUUGUCAAGGCGAAGCCGUUCCCCCUUGCACAGAAUACCUGUUGCCAGUACCACUCCACCAUCAAGCAGUGGUGUCAGUGGCUCUAGCAUCCACACCGUUGAGCCAGGCAGUGGCACAAGCUCUGUUUCCAUGGAAACAGGGGAGGCUGUGGCAGAACCUGCAGCUCUUACAGAGCCAGCUGCCGAAACAGGAGAACGCGAGAGUGAAUCGCAUGUAAUAGGAGCAGGAAGUUCAGCAGUGCGACGGCACCCAACCAUCAUGUUGGACCUGCAAGUGAGAAGGAUUCGACCUGGUGAAAACCGUGAUCGGGACAGCAUCGCCAGCAGAACGCGCUCUCGUGCCCGCGUUGCUGAGAAUACUGUCACAUUUGAAAGUGACAGUGGUGGAUUUAGACGCACCAUCUCCCGCUCUGAGCGAGCUGGGAUCCGCACCUAUGUGAGCACUAUCCGGAUUCCACUAAGGCGCAUCAGUGAGACAGGCCUUGGGGAGCCCAACUCCACUGCCCUGCGCUCCAUCUUGCGCCAGAUCAUGACCGGAUUUGGGGAGCUGAGCUCCCUAAUGGAGACAGAGGCUGAUUCUGAAACUGUUGCACCUAGUCACACAGAUACUAGUGCUACAAAUAGUAACACCAGCCCAGCCAGUCGUCUACAUACAAAUGAGAGCGCAGCUGGCCAGGUUGGUACAGGUGGGGUAGAUCAGGAGAGGGUGGGGCUGGUGGGAAGUGAGGAGGACCAGGGUGGGCAGGCCAGGCUCGGAGGAGGGGUAGUGAGCACCACCGAGGGACGGGCCACCAGCAGAGACACCAACAACCUGGUAGAAAACGGUACGCUACCCAUUCUGCGGCUGGCACACUUCUUCUUGCUCAAUGAUGAGGAGGAUGACGAACACCCUAGGGGCCUGACCAAAGAGCAGAUUGACAAUCUAUCCACACGUACCUAUGGUCAGGCCAGCCUGGAGGGGGAGAUGGGUCGUGCAUGCAGUGUCUGCAUCAAUGAGUAUGCCCAGGGCAACAAGCUGCGUCGCCUGCCCUGCUCCCAUGAAUUCCACAUCCACUGCAUCGACCGCUGGCUCUCUGAAAACAACACCUGCCCAAUUUGCAGGCAGCCCAUACUCGCAGUGCAUCAUGACUGACCUAUUUGCUGACAAACACAACUAUCAAGUUCCUGGCUGGCUGAACUGAGCAGACCCAAGUGGGCUUUGCAUGUACAUAGCGCUUUCAUGGUUUCAUUUCUUUGAAAAUAUCCAUUGUGUUGAAGGUUGAACCAAAAGUGCAGAAAAAAGAAACUAUAAAUGCAGAGAAUUAACAAAACUUUAUUUUUUUAGACUCUUUGUUUUGAGCAACUUAUUGUUUUAUUUUCUUCUUCCUGUGACCUGUUUCACUGGUCUCUGUCACAAAGCUUCAGAGGCCCAUGUCAGUGGAUGGCAUUAAUGCUUAAGGAGUUCCUGUAGCCGCUGCUGACUAGUCUCACUUUAACUCUUUAAUGUCUGAUACAUGUGACGUCUCUUUGUCACAACUGAACUACACAAAUCACUUCUAGAUGUGGUUUAUUCAGUAUAAGCUGUAAAUAACUCACCACUGCUUGUAUUUAAGGGUUUUGAAGCAAGACGCUCCUCACAUGCCAUUUGUUUAGAAUGGAAGAAGGAAACCUUCAGUUUUUCUUUUUACAUUCACCAUUUUAAAGCUUCGACAUCCAUUUUAAAGUGUCCCUUUACAGUUGGAUAAGAAAUGUAUGAUUUAUUGGGAUGUGUAUGAGCUAUGUAUUUAAUUUUGAAACAAGUUUUAUUCUGUAUGCCUAGUAGUAUUUAUUUGUUAAGCCCUCUCUAUACACUUGUCCCAUAUAAUUGCAAUACAGGAUUCAUCCAUAAGUCACCCACUAAACUCAGCCCAAUCAUUAACAUUACCCAUAUGAGCAGCACAAUUCAAAUGAAAUGCAGAAGGCAUGUGAUAAUCAGGAAUUCAAAGUUGUAAUUUAGUGUGAAUGGUGCAAUAUGGAGAAAAAAUACAGUAUUUGUUUUGCUGUUCAUUGUUGUUUACAUUGUAAUGCCUGAUUAUCAUUUCCACUUAAAAACAAAGUCUUGUUUACCCUGAAAUCAAUGUUUCCUCUUGGUUACUGUUUCGAAAACAUAACUUACAUUGAGCAGUUAGCCUGAUACAUCUGCUGAGCAAAAACAUGGAAUUAAAAAAUGAAAAAUAGAUUUUUUUAGAGUUUAUACAGUGGUCCAGCUAACUCUGAAAUCCUUCUUCAUCAGAUAGGUGCUGGACAGUUGUUAAUGUUUGGAGCAUCUGUUGCAGUUUUGGCUCCAACACUGCAUUUUCUGUUAAUGAGAAACUGUUAACAACACAUCUCUAAUUGGGUCUUUCGCAGUGCAAUGGUCGCAGUCUUUUUCAGUUCCAGUACCAGUGCAACACCUGAAUGAGGCUGUGUUAGUAAUAUGAUAUUCCUGUAUGCUCUUUAUGGUUUGUUUUUAAAUUACAUGCACAGAUAUUGGAAUUUCUAGUGUAGCAUAGGUGGAUUAUUUAGCUGAAACACCUAGUCAGUGUGUUGCCACCAGGGUCACUUUGUUACAUAAACAACAGUACACAGGAGCUACAACAUAUCUGCAGUUAACAUGUCACUAAUAAAACUGCAGGAAUGAUGCAGUAUAAUAUGUCAGAAUGUAUGAGAGUGGGGUAAGUAUGUAUGGUUUAAUUGUGUGUGCAUGCGAGUGUGUGUGGGUGCUGAAGGAAAUGUCCAGUGUCCAAGUAAACCUGGUUCUCAGAAAGCUUCUGUUCAGCUAGUGUCCACCGGAGAUUUGGAGAAGGUUCUGGCCACUCAGUGCAGAAGUGAAUAUUUAUUCUGUUCCUAUUUAAUAAGAUGGAUAUCAACUUUUGAAAUAUGAAUAUGUAUUGUUACAGUGUGAUGAGAGUAAAUGAAUCAGUUAAGAUAAACAUGUUACUAUGUAAUAAAAUGAAGACAUGGGUUUUCUUCUCUGCUCCUUAACAAUGGAAUAAAAUGCAGCUUUGUUAUGCCUGGAAA